GCCUUAGUCACCUGAUAAAGGCAAAGCUUUCCUAUUCUCCAGAAAGCUUGAAAACUCUCCAGAAAGGUCUGCGGGACUCCCUCCCUGCUUUUCUGACGGCUGCCAGCUUUGGAAAGCCAGAUCUCCUUGGUUUCCAUCAGCCGCAGAGAGUCCCUGGCUGGGGGGAGAGGCAGUAAGGUUGUGACACUUGUAGCUGGACACGCUGAAACCUGACGUGAGGUUUUGACAGACCAUCCAGAACUUAAGAAAAUGAUUUAACUCAAAGGCAGCUGCUGGCUCUCCCGUGCACCCUUCUCGUGCAGCCGAGCUCUGGGAGCCGCCACCCCCCAGUCAGCCCUCCGGUGCCCGCUGGAAAGGGAAGAUGAGCACGGAGGACGUUGCCAACGGGACCUCUCCCGCUCCCACCCUCCUUGGCUUUCUGGUUUCAACCACCGCACCGGUGCCACCAAGCACUGCAUCGCCGGAGAAGGCAGACCCGCUGCCCAUCAUCGUCGCGCUCGUCUGCAUCUUCCUCCUCCUGGCCAGCUGCCUCGUCUUCGUCGCCCUCUGCAAGCCGGCGGCCCUGGACGGCUCGCGCUACGGGCCGCGCGAGUGCAUGCCCUACCACGCGGAGGACGCCAGCGAGCCCCAGCUGCGGCUCUGGAAGCGGCUGGGCUCCCUGCGCCGCUCCCUCGGCAGCUUCCGCAGGAGCCGGCCCGUCUCCCAGAGCCAGCACGCCUGCCCCAGGAGACCCCCCGCCCGCCGCGACUGGGACUCGGUGGAGUCCACCAAAAUGUGACCCUGCAGCGCGGCAGCAGGGCGAUCGCCACCCCGACUCACGGCUGCUGAGCCCCUGCGAGGGAGGAGCAGAAGCAGCACAAGCGAUUGCGUUAGUUUGGGAGGUGCCGGCUGCGAGGGGGAAGGAGCCUCGGGCAUGGCGAGUUCAGCCGCAGCUCCCUCCUCCGGCAGACCCCGGUGACUGCCGGGCUGCGACCAGAGCCGCCACCUUUCCAAAAGGAGCUUGCCGUCACCGUCUUUAGUCUUUACUAAAGCAGAGACAAAUAAACAACAUUUCUAACCGCG